AUGAAAAAUACGCAUAAAUUAUUGUUCGCAGAAUCCCUGUUUCCCCGUUUCGUGGAGCCGGUCCCAAACGUCACAGUGACGGUGGGAAGGGACGCGCUCCUCGCGUGCGUCGUCGAGGAUCUCAGAGGAUACAAGGUUGCAUGGGUACGAGUGGACACCCAAACCAUCCUCAGCAUCCACCACAACAUAAUAACCCAGAACCCUCGCAUCAGCCUGUCGUACAACGACCACCGCUCGUGGUACCUUCACAUCAAGAACGUGCAAGAAGUGGACAGAGGAUGGUACAUGUGUCAGGUCAACACAGACCCGAUGCGGUCUAGAAAGGGCUAUCUACAAGUUGUCGUACCACCAAUGAUCAUCGACAAUAUGACCUCUACCGAUAUGGUGGUGCGCGAAGGUACAAACGUCACCAUGGUUUGUCGUGCCACGGGGUACCCUGAGCCCUACGUCAUGUGGAGACGUGAAGAUGGCCAAGAGUUUAACUGUAACAGCGAAUUAGUGAACGUAGUGGAUGGGGAAAAUCUGACAAUUUCCAAAGUAUCACGCCUUCACAUGGGAGCAUAUCUAUGUAUUGCUUCUAACGGUGUGCCGCCAUCUAUCAGCAAAAGAGUGGUCCUCAUGGUGCAAUUUCCGCCAAUGCUAUCGAUCCCGAAUCAGUUGGAGGCUGCAUAUGUAGGGCAGGACGUAACGCUGGAGUGUCACACGGAGGCCUACCCCUCCUCCAUCAACUACUGGACUACGGACCGCGGCGACAUGAUUAUAUCCGGUAACAAGUACACUACAUCGCUAAACGACGAUGGUUACAGUCGAAAAAUGAAGCUCACUGUACGGAAAGUGUCGUCUAGAGAUUUUUCUUCUUACCGCUGCGUAGCCAAGAACUCUCUAGGAGAGACCGAUGGGCUCAUACGUUUAGAUGAAAUACCAGCACCGUCCACAACGAGUACCACUGUUAAUUAUGUCCCGACGUUUCCUCAGAGGAAAAAAGGUAAACAAAAGAAUCGUUGGAGAGACAGUUCAGCGGAGAAUAGAGUUAUCGGAGACUACGAGGUUGAAGAAUGGAAAGAUUUAGAUUAUGAGUCGACCCAGUCUUCGAGGUCAUCAACUAUACGUGGCUUUAUUCAUCCGUCAUACCUACUGGCAAUGGCGCUUAUUAGCUGACAUGCGGUUAAGAGCUACGUCGGAGUUUUGUAGUGCCAAUUGACUAUUGAAAUGAACUAAUAAACAAAUGAAACUGUGGAAGUUAAUAUAGUUAUUGUUACAGUGUAAAACAGUUGAAAUACAAUUGUGUAGUAUUAAAUAAUUAUAAAAUUACAAGUAAGUAAAAUACCUAUGACUUUCUACUUCAAUAAAGAUCUAUACUUUUGUGGAGGCAUAAUUUGAAAUUAUUUUAUGUGGUUACGCAUAGUAUUGCCUAAAAAUAUAGAGUCGAGAAAUAAACAAAUAACUAAAUCCAAUACAUUUUCGUAUGCAACUUUUUGUUACUUGGUAAUUGUAUCCACAACUCUACGAAUAUUUACGACAAAAAUGUAAUUUUUUUAAACCGUUUAGAAUUUUUUCAACGUAUAAAAUAAUAAUGAUGAUGUACCAGAAAAUAUUGUGAGCUUUUCAAAAUAAAAAACGAGAUUUUUUUUAAAAACUAAGUUUUACUCUUGCUUGACUGAAAUUACUUAAAUUUGAAUACUUUUAAAUCUAGAUCAAUUUACCCGUUAUUUUUGCUUUGAAACAGAGAUUAUUGUCGUCAAGCGAAACUUUAUGGUCAUUACUAUCAUUUCUAGUAUCAACACCAGUAAGUUAAACUUAACAUUGUUCGUUUGAAAAAACAUUUAGCCGUGCAGCCAAAAAUCCGUAGGCCUAAUGUCCUUCAGGAAGAACUAAUGUCGAAUAUAACUUUUCUCGUAUCCCGACUCACAACCGUGCAUUCCGCUGAAGUAAAGCCAACUUGUACACCUACGUGCAAUGUGUAACUUUGAAUACAAGUCAAAUGGAAUUUCCCAGACGAUUAUAACUUAAAACGAUUUUCAACGAAGAAAAUUUUGGUAGGUGCUGUGUAACUUCGUAGUUGUUUUUAUUUUAUAAUUAUAUAUUUAAAGUUUGCUCAAAAGCAAAUACUCAAGUUAGGUAUACACCUUGCAACCCAGUUGUAGAGAUUGGAUU